GAAUGACACUUUGUGAAAAAGGAACAGAAGAAUUGUCUGCAAGGAUCACAGUGUACUUUUUGCUGACACUUCAUUUCUAAGCAUUACAGCUAUAGCUGUUGGACUAGAAGGUGUAAUAAUAAAAGCUGUGUAUGAUGCAUUAAGGUAUUGAAGACUUUUUAAUUUAAAUUAAAUACUUGGAAUAUAAACAAGGAAAAGUGACUGAAAAUGGGACGGAAGAAAAUACAAAUCACACGCAUAAUGGAUGAAAGGAACCGACAGGUCACUUUUACAAAGAGAAAGUUUGGAUUAAUGAAGAAAGCGUACGAGCUUAGUGUGCUCUGUGACUGUGAAAUAGCGCUCAUCAUUUUCAACAGCUCUAACAAACUGUUUCAGUAUGCCAGCACUGACAUGGACAAAGUUCUUCUCAAGUAUACGGAGUACAACGAGCCUCAUGAAAGCAGAACCAACUCGGACAUUGUUGAGGCUCUGAACAAGAAGGAACACAGAGGGUGCGACAGCCCAGACCCUGAUACUUCCUAUGUGCUCACUCCACACACAGAAGAAAAAUACAAAAAAAUUAAUGAGGAAUUUGAUAAUAUGAUGAGGAAUCAUAAAAUCGCACCUGGUCUGCCACCUCAGAACUUCUCAAUGGCGGUGACAGUCCCUGUGGCCCCCCCUAGUGCCCUGUCAUACACGGAUCCGGGGAGCUCACUUGUGUCCCCGUCUUUGACAUCUAGCUCGGCGGUAACAGACUCUUCAAGCAUUCUUUCUCCACCUCAAGCCACGUUACAUCGGAAUGUGUCCCCAGGAGCCCCUCAGAGACCACCAAGUACUGGCAAUGCAGGUGGGAUGUUGAACACUUCCGACCUUACAGUGCCAAAUGGAGCUGGAAGCAGCCCAGUGGGUAAUGGCUUUGUAAACUCAAUAGCAUCUCAAAACUUGAUUGGAACUACUGGUGCAAAUAGCUUAGGCAAAAUCAUGCCUACAAAGUCCCCCCCCCCUCCUGGUGGUAGCAAUCUUGGAAUGAACAGUCGAAAGCCAGAUCUUCGAGUUGUUAUCCCGCCUUCCAGCAAAGGCAUGAUGCCUCCAUUGUCGGAGGAAGAGGAGUUGGAGUUGAAUACCCAGAGGAUAAGUAAUUCUCAAGCCACUCAACCUCUUGCUACUCCAGUGGUGUCUGUGACAACCCCAAGCUUGCCUUCCCAGGGACUUGUAUAUUCAGCAGUGCCUACUGCCUACAACACUGAUUAUUCACUGGCUAGUGCGGACCUAUCGGCCCUACAGGGUUUCAACUCCCCAGGAAUGCUGUCUCUGGGACAGGUGUCAGCCUGGCAGCAGCACCAUUUAGGACAAGCAGCCCUCAGUUCUCUUGUUGCUGGAGGGCAGUUAUCUCAGGGUUCAAAUUUAUCCAUUAAUACCAACCAAAACAUCAACAUUAAGUCAGAACCAAUUUCACCUCCCCGGGAUCGAAUGACCCCAUCAGGCUUCCAGCAACAGCCACAGCCCCUGCAGCCCCAGUCUCAGCCCCGGCAGGAAAUGGGGCGGUCCCCUGUGGACAGUCUGAGCAGCUCUAGUAGCUCCUACGAUGGCAGUGACCGGGAGGACCCACGGGGCGACUUCCAUUCUCCAGUUGUGCUGGGCCGACCCCCAAAUACGGAAGACACAGAAAGCCCUUCUGUGAAGAGGAUGCGGAUGGACGCAUGGGUUACCUAAGGUUUCUAGGGCCGCCCUUUGUACUUUGUGUUAUUGCAGUAAACUGCCCUACAUAUCUAAAUUGGUCAAUAAGGAUAUGAGUUAAGUAUAUUUAUAUGUACAUACAUACAUGUAUAUGUAUGUGGGUGUGGCUGUGAGUGUGCGUGUUGGUGUGUGUGGAGACACAGAAUCAGGCACUUACCUGCAAACUCCUUGAAGAUCCGCAGAUGUGCGUCCUAUGGCAAACAAGACACUUUGUAGGCAGAGGCCUAGUCUGACACGUCUGUGGAUUACUUGUUUCAUAAGAAACCAGUUUUCGCAAAGAAAUGUGUUCCCAUAUGUAAUUCUCCCACACUAGCUUGCAGAAACCUAGAGGGCCCCUACUCGUUUUAUUUAAAUGUGCAGUGACUGUAGUACUUAAAAAUGCUUUGUAGAACAGAGCAGUAGAAACAGGAACCAAGAAAGCAAUACUGUACAUAAAAUGUCAUUUAUAUUAAUUACCCAACCUGGCAUGGGUCUAUAUUGCAAAGGGUUGCAUGGGAAAGGGCUGUUGAUAAUAAAAUUAAAAAAAAUUAAUUUUAAGUCCCGCACAUAACUGUUUUGCACGUGCAAAAAAUGUAUUGGGUCAAAGAAAUGAUCUUUUUAGCUAAGAAAAAGAAAGAGAAUAGAAAACCACGCAUGAGAUAUUCAGAAAAUACUAGCCUAAAAACAUAGAGCAUUAACAAAGUAAAACUAAUAUAUUAAGUUAUCAUUGGAAUAUAUCAGAAGUUUCUUUUUACAUUCAUAUCUUAAAAAUUAAAGAAACAAUUUAACUCAUGUAUAUUUUAUAUGAAAUAAAAUACCCUUAUGAGUUGAUGAUUAUAUAUAAAAUUAUAUUCACUACAUUUGAACACAUUCUGCUAUGAAUUAUUUAUAUAAGCCAAAGCUGUAUGUUUUCCUUUUUUUUCUUUAAUUUUUUUUAAGAAUGAAUAGCUUUAUCUUGUUUUAACUGUUUAGUUUUAUUUUAAGAGGAAAAACAAACAAAAAUAUCUUGCAAGCAGAACCUUGGAAAAAAUAAGCCAUGAAUGUUUAUUAUCCUAUGUGUAAAUUAAAAGUUGAGCCAAACACUUUGUGUAUAUAGCAUCUUAAAUAUAUUAUCACCUUUGAUGUAUGUACCUAUGUAUUGUAUGGUCACCAGAUUUAAAAGUAUAUUUUUGUGGAUUGCCACCAAUGGGGCUGCGGGGGAAAGGUGAGGUCCUUAUUCGUAGAGUAUUCACUGUUUAAUACUUACUAUUUUGUUAAAUAUACUGUACUUUGGAUUUUAAUUAUUAGCCCAGUUUUUUCCAGAGGAUUGUAUAAAGGGGUUUCUCCCCUCACUGGUGGUGAAUGUGUGAUGUUACCUUGUAAUCUUUGUGCUGUUUGGGUUGAGCAUCAUUAUAUAUUUUAUAUAUAUAUGUAUGUACAUAAAUAGCAAAGUGGCAAAAAAAUUGGUGUUACCUUCAUCCUGCAUAAAUAUAAAAUGUGUUGUAGCGGAUUUUAUAAGGCAUUAUUUAAAGUUUGCCUUUUGUGAGGAAAAAUAUAGUGGAAAAAGCUGACCUAAUUAAUAUUAGAGAAAAAUGACAAAAUAUUAGAUGAGCACAAAGGUUUUAUAAGUGGUAAAUUAUUAGGAAAAGCAUUCAUGGGGGAAGGGAUUUCGUUUCUCCUCAACCCUCUAAAAAUAGUGCUGCAGCUGGUUCCAGUAUGCUGGCAUUGUUCACGAUUAUGUGUGUCAAGAUGACACUGAGUGUGUGUGUGAGGGACGGGAGAAGUUCUCUCACAGCUGCAGAUCCUUGUCAUGGUUCUUGCCAUCCCGAAUGAAAUUAGUGGAGCCUUGUUCUUACAGAAAGAUUAAUUGGUAAUAGCUAGUUCCUCUGUUCACUGGACCUGUGCCAUGAACAAAAAUUCGGAGUCCUGCAUAUCUUUGAUUACAGAUUUUCAAUACUCGUUUUCCUGAGAAACCCAAAAGAAGGGUUUAAAAAUGGCUAUUUUAUAUUUUAAACUUAAUAUUGAGAAGCUACCUACAAUUUUUACUUCUCCUUUCAGAUAAACUAUUCCAUUUUGUUUCCUUCCCCUGAAUUACUAUCUUUUUGACAGUUUCCUUUUUACUAUUUGUGACAAAUAGACAAAUCAGCCACAUUUCCUGACUGCAACACAGAUCUUGGGUACAGGGUAUACCUACAUCAGUCAGAGGCUGCAAACUGAGGCUUCUUGUUUUAAUGGCAUUUUGGGUGGUAAACUCUUAAUAGAAGCCAAAAAGGGGAGCAUAAUAUUCCCUCUUCUGUGUAGAUAUUUGGCUUUUGUUCAGAAUAGAUUGGUUUUCUUUUAAAAUGUACGAUUUAUACUAAACUGCUUGUGGCCACAUUUCUUCAUAAAGUCAUACCUAAUCGCAACAGUCCCCCAACACUGAAUUUCCAAGAUAAUCCUUACCACUUUGUAAAUCAUUUAUAGCUUUGAACGUGUUAAGUGAUUCUUUCAUUAUUAUUUAUGCAUGUUCAUGAACUUCUGCUGUACAUGGGGAUAGGAGUUAACAUAUUCACAUUUACUGUCUUUUCUUGUGUGCCUUAUGAGAUGGCUUUUCUGACUGUAUCUCAAUAGUCUUUCUUUCUAUGCAGGUUUAUAAUCAGUACAACUACUGUUUUCUAAAAUAAUGUUACACAGGCUCGGAGUUUGUAAAAUUACCAGGUAACAAUUUAUUCCGUUUUCAGGAACUGAAUAUUUGACUGUUAACCUUAUCCCAUAUGCCCAUUAUGAUUUGGAGCAUAUGGACUUGACAGAGACGUCCUUCUCCAGACAGACACCCAUGUGCAAACACAUACACAUACACAUCUCUCAGUGGAAACAGACUUGGAGUGGGAACACACUGAUGGUGUUACUUUAGAACCUACUUUUCUUAUCCUUUUAGAUUCAUGUGCUUUGUAUAAGACACCAUUGCAAGAAAAAGUUCUACCUUCACACAAAGUAUUUUAUUAUGCAAAGGCAACAUUUUUUAAAAGAUUAGAAUAAAUUAUACUGGGCAAAGUACAUUGCCCAACAACACUACAACUGGUAUUACACUGAGAGUGAAAGUCACCAUUGACAUACCCAAAUGGCCCCAACCGAAACUCCAUCUUCUGAGCCCUCACUGUGUCCAUUGUGCUAGAGACUGAAUCAGGGGUUGUUCGAAAAGAACAAUAUAUGCUUUACCAUUUCCUUCAGCUAUAAGGACAACUAAUAAUUCAUUAGCAUAGUUUCUGUAUUAACCAUCACGCGCACAAGAAAUACAUAGUAAAUAAGGAACCUGAAACUCCUGGCAUCGGGUCAUGAGAAGCUAGAUGAUUAGAAUGUGAAAAAGAUUUUACAAAUGUAAAACUUACUUCUCUGUAGAACCUUUCUUCACUGCUGUGCAAGAAGACACUGCUUUGCUAUAUUUAAAAUGGCUUUUUUAAAAGAGAUUUAUGUAUUUGGUAAAUGUUUGUAGUCAACAGUUCACACAAGAAGCUGUACACGGUUUGAUCAUGUAAAACCGUUUGGCGGCACAAGCUGGACUUUGUUGCCAUCCUUGAGAUGAACCUUUUAAGAAAAAUAAGUUAACCCCAAUUUUUCCCUGAAUGUGUUUUUUCUUCAUUAUACAAUAAAUAUUAUAGUGAACUUUUUAUCCGACGGUAAGAAAAUGCUAGAGGUUGUUGUAAACUGUUUGUCUGCUGCACUCACUACAGUAAAGACGCCCUGGCUUUCACUGUGCA